AUGAAUCAACAGUCAUCCCUGAUUUGCCAACAAAAAAUUCAUACUGGAGAAAAACCAUACGAGUGUCACAAAUGUGCUGAACCUUUCAGUGAACACUCAUCCUUCAUUAUUCAUCACAGUGUUGACAGCGGCAAGAAACCUUAUGAAUGUAAUCAGAGUGGAAAGGCUUGGAGUUACAGCUCUAGUCUUGCUGUACAUCAGAGCAUCUGCACUGGAGAGAAACCAUAUGAAUGUGAUAAAUAUGGAAAGGCUUUCACAGAGAGCUGCAAUCUUGGUGUACAUCAGAGAAUCCACAACCUGCAGAAACCUUAUGAAUGUAAUCAGUGUGGAAAGGCUUUCACACAGAGCUCCAGUCUUGCUGUACAUCAGAGAAUCCACACUGGUGAGAAACCAUAUGAAUGUAAUGAAUGUGGAAAGGCUUUCAGAGAGAGCUCCACUCUUGCUAAGCACCAGAGAAUCCACACUGGAGAGAAACCUUAUGAAUGUAAUCAAUGUGGAAAGUCUUUCAGAAUCAGCUCCAAUCUUGCUGCACAUCAGAGAAUACACACUGGGGAGAAACAUUAUGAAUGUAAUCAAUGUGGAAAAGCUUUCAGAAUCAACUCCAAACUUGCUGCACAUCAGAGAAUCCACACUGGGGAGAAACCUUAUGAAUGUGAUCAAUGUGGAAAGGCUUUCAGAAUCAACUCCCAACUUGUUGCACAUCAGAGAAUCCACACUGGAGGGAAACCUUAUGAAUGUAAUCAAUGUGGAAAGGCUUUCAGAGAGAGCUCCACUCUUGCUAAGCAUCAGAGAAUCCACACUGGGGAGAAACCUUAUGAAUGUAAUCAGUGUGGAAAGGCUUUCACAGAUAGCUCCAAUCUUGCUAAGCAUCAGAGAAUCCACACUGGGGAGAAACCUUAUGAAUGUGAUCAAUGUGGAAAGACUUUUAGAAUCAACUACAGUCUUGCUGUACAUCAGAGAAUCCACUCUGGGGAGAAACCUUAUGAAUGUAAUCAAUGUGGAAAGGCUUUCAGAAUCAACUGGAAACUUGCUGCACAUCAGAGAAUCCACACUGGGGAGAAACCUUAUGAAUGUGAUCAAUGUGGAAAAGCUUUCACACAGAGCUUCAAACUUGCUGCACACAAGAGAAUCCACACUGGGGAGAAACCUUAUGAAUGUAAUCAAUGUGGAAAAGCUUUCAGAAUCAACUCCAAACUUGCUGCACAUCAGAGAAUCCACACUGGGGAGAAACCUUAUAAAUGUGAUCAAUGUGGAAAGGCUUUCAAUUGCUGCAGUCUUACUGCGCAUCAGAGAAGCCACACUGGGGAGAAACCUUAUGAAUGUAAUCAAUGUGGAAAGGCUUUCAGAGAGAAAUCCAAAUUUGCCCUACAUCAGGGAGUGCACAAUGGGGAGAAACCUUAUGAAUGUAAUCAAUGUGGAACGGCUUUCACAUAGAAUUCCAGUCUUGAUCGACAUCAGAGAAUGCACAUUGUAGAGAAACCUAAUGCCAUAAAAACUUAU